UCUUUGUUUUGAUUACACAUUUUUAUUGCUGUGUCUUCCCUCAAUUUUUCCGUUUCAGACAUGCCAUGUCGCGGUAAUAUUCCUUGUACCUAGUUCGUUGUGUGUUGGAAGUCUGUGUUUUAUUAAAUUAAAACAGAAAUUAAUGAAAAAAUGGAAAAUCCCUAUUACACUCUACUAACGAAUAUAACUAGACAUUUUGUUAAUUUCCCCGAAAACAACGAGGCAAGGGAAAAAUGUCAUUGCGCCUCUACUUUGAUCAGAAUUCACAAUGAAAAACUGGCGGUUAACGGCGACAUAAGUUUUCCCUUGAAGCCGGACAUUUGGAAAAAAUAUUUUCAAAUUACAAAGGGAUUCAAAGUAAAAGAGGAAGAAAUCAAUGCGCUCAAUGAUCCCCAACAGCAGGAUGUACGAAAUGAGUUCAUAAAUAAAGCCCAAUCGUGGUCGUUCCCUAUUGCCAAAUUAGAUAUAGGACAAGAAAGAUGUCACUUGCACCUGCAAAGACCUGCCAUAAUAAGGUUACUGAUUCAAAAGGUUUUGAGUGAUGCUUGCUAUGGUACGUUACGAAAAAGUGAUAGCCGUCUUGUUAAACUGUUACCAUUACAAGAAUAUGGCUUGAGGAGAGAAGACCUUUCGUUUUACCGAGCAAAACUUAUGUAUGAAACCUUACAAAAACUACUCUCCUACUCCCGUUGGCUCAUUGUGGAUAAAGAAGAAACCCUCCCAAGUGAGGGAAAUUCUGUAUUGAAAUUAAAUAUUCUCAGUGUUGCCUCUAAAGUAACAGCAGAAUGCCGAUUGAAUGCCGAUUCCAGUGUUAAUAUAAAGUGUGGACUAGUUACGGAUCCCGCCACCAAUGGGAAAAUUUGCCAAUUACCUACCCAGGAAUAUAUAGGUUUGCGUUCAAAUGACAUGUGUCUGAUGGCCUUGCACAAGUAUGGAGUGCGUGUAAAGCAAGAUGCUCGUUUUUGUGCCUUAAUGGAACGUUUGGGUGUUGCCGCUGUAACCGUUGAUUUACUUGAAGUUAAACACACAAGUCCUGUGCAGAUAAUACGCAAUGGACAGGGUAGCACAAAGGGUGCUUCGUUUAUCCUCUACAAUUCCGCAAGGCUUGAGACAUUACUGAGAACGUUUGAACAGAGAAUUGAGCAAGGAUUAUAUGAACCUAUGCCGGAGAUUAGUGAUAUCGAUUGGAAUUUACUUAAUGAAGAGGAAGAAUGGCAAUUGGUAUUUGCCUACUUGGCUGGUUUUCCUGAUUUAAUUGAUCGUUGUCUGGAACAAUUGGACCGUGGCAUUUGUGCGACACAUUUAAUUAUACGUUUUCUAAAUGGUUUAGUUGCCAUAUUUAGUGUUUACUAUAGAAGAAUACGAAUACUGACUGAAAAACGUGAUCAACUAAUGCCUUUUGUAUAUGCUAGGAUAUAUCUUAUUAAAGCUGUGAGAGAAAUUCUUAAUAAAACAUUGGCUCUAUUAGAUAUACAGCCGGUUGAAUUUAUGUAAAUAUUUAGAUGCGAUAAAGGCCUUAAUUGUAUGUCUUUUUACUGGCUGAAGUUAUUGACUGUCUUCCUAUUAAGAGAACAUUUGGUGUUGGGUGGUCUAAGAAUCAUUUCGUCCUAAAAUUAAUGUAUGUUCUCCCUACGCUGCUUUGUAUCCGCUGUAAAACCUGAUGAGAAUACUUAGAAGGCUUAUUUACAGUCUUUAAGUCAUUGGCUGGCUUCAAACGAGAACUAAGUCAACCUAAAACUAAGUCAACGAAACUGAACUAAGUCAACCUAAAACUCCUUUGACUUAAGCCAGUAAAAAACCUUUAAUUGCAUCUGCACCUUUAAAGAAUACCCGAAUACCCAAUACAUUUAUUUUUCUCAAUUUGAAAGGAUUCGCCCAAUACGAAGGAAGGAUUACUUUCGCUUCCAAUUCAAAAAAAAAAAAAAAAAAUUAGUUUGAAGAGUCAAUUUUUAUCAAAUAUGUAAUAUAUUUAAGACUUUUUAUUUAUUUGUUGUGAAGUUGAUAUUCACAAACGCCAAGUUGUGGAAUUUAAUUAAGAAAAUUUGAAUUCUUUCCAAUAUGGUUUUAAAUAAUGAAUUAUACAAAUUAUAAUCCGAACUUUAUUUUAAUUUCAUAAUGUAAUUUAUUUUUUUCUUUGUUAUUUUCCAUUUACAAACAUAUCACAUAAUACUUAAUAUAUAUAGAAUAUCGUAUUUUUUUAAAUACAUUAGAAAUCAAAAAAAGAACUAUUACAAAUGGAGACAAUACAACAUAAUUACAUUAAACAAAUGCAUUUAUCCCUUUUUAUUUCUAUUCUAUUUUGACGAAAUAUGUGACGAAGUAGUAAACUUAUUUAAUAAGUUCUAUAGUUACUUAUAAACUACUUAAUGCUAUAUUUCGUUGUUUUUACUAUUAACAGGGAAAAUAAUGUUUGGUUUUGUGAUCUGUUGUUGCCACCUUAUGACUAAACUAAUGAAUUUAUUGUCAAUAUUUAAUACUUUUGUUUUUCUUCCUUAGAGUUAUUAAAUAAAUCUUUAGUGAUUUGUUUAGCUUAAAAAGCUAAAAGAUA